AAAAACUUAAACUGGUGUUUAAGCCGCCGUUUAAAACUAGCUUGUUAGCUAACGACGUUGCAACAUUUCAUUGCACUGUAAAGUCUAUUGAAAUUUUCUGUAUGCUAGUGAAAAAUUUAAGAAUAAAGCCAUAAAAUAAUUAUUUAAAAUAAUUGAAAAAGGUUUAAAUAAAAUUAAACAUAUAUAUAAAUUAAACAAUUACUGAAAAACAAUAAACAUUUAAAUAUUACAGACUUUUGUUAAAAGUUCUUCUUAAAUUAAAGUAUAAAAUUGUAAAGUGCAUCUUUUAAAUCGAAAAAAAAACCAAACAAAAUGUCGGUAGACAUAAUAGAAAGCAUUACCAUACCACCACUCAAAAGAUUACGCUCAUCUAGCAUCAUCUCUAGCGAGAGCACUAACUCCAAAUGUGGUGAGGUAUUUGUAACAAAUUGUGCCGACAAAUGGACAUUUUAUUGCAGCCAUUGUCAAUUGUCUACAACCGAUAUAGGCGUAUUCGUUUGUCACAUACGCCUGCAACAUUUAAACCAACAACAAACGCCGGCUCAGGAAACUCCAAAAAAUGAUACGUCUAUUACAAUUGCCUCGUCGCGACAAAAUGUUGAGGUCUUGACUCCUACACCUCCACCGCCGCCGCCACCUAUGACCUUCAUACCGAGAGAUAAUAUAAUUGUUCCGGAAAUUGUAACCUCUAAAGGGCCUGAAACUGAACAAAUGCAAAGUGAUAUAGUUAAAGAAGAACCUACUGUAUCAACGAAUGAAUCUAAUAUGGACUAUGAGGCAAUUUGUUCAAAAGUUUCGAAAAUUGUUGAUAUUUCUACGUUAACCCAGCCGGAAAGUAAUAAUCAGACUACAGCAGAUGUCACCAGUGAUAAGAUCCCCAUUGUAAAAAAUGAAGCUUUAGGGGAUCAAAUGGUAAUAGAACAACAAGAACAAGAACAACUACAACAACAAGAAGAAGAGCAACAACAACAAGAAACCAUACAAGUUUUCUAUAUAAGAGAUGUGGCGGAAAACAAUAAAGAUGAAGAAGCGGAUAAAAUAACACUAACUACAGAUGAUGAAGAAGACGAAGAUAAUGACGAUGAUAAUGACGAUGAUAAUGACGAUGAUAAUGACGAUGAUGAUGAUUAUGAGGGCGAGGAUAUUGACAAUAUUCUAACAGAGGAUCAAAUAACAAGUUUAAAAUGUACAUAUUGUUAUAAACUUUUUGAUGAUAAAACCUCUGUUCUUAAUCACAUAAACAGCAUUCACUUAAAGGAUAAUGUUAAAAAUUUCCCCUACACUUGUAAAAUAUGUAAAAAAGGUUUCAAAAGUAGAAACGGUAUGAAGGGCCACUCUAGAUUACACGAGACAAACAAUCAAUUGAAAUGUCCUAUCUGUCCGUCAACACUUGAUAGAACCUAUUUUGCGACACACGUUCUAAUGCACGAAAGUGAAACGUGUUUUCCUUGUCAGGUCUGUGGCGAAAUCUAUGACAGUCACGUGCAACGUCUUAAGCACUGGUAUACACAUGGAAAUGAACAACCAUAUGGUUGUAAUUAUUGUUUUCGUCGUUAUAAGAAAGAGAAAUAUCUGCUUAAACAUCUCGAAUGUCACAAGCCCUUAGAGUGUAGUUGCUGUAAGAAAGAAUUCUAUUCACCUGAUACACAACCACGUCCACCUUUGAUUUGUCGAAAUUGUAUUAACAAUCCGGACAUGAGGAAAAGUGUUAAAAUAUUGAGAAAAAAAUAUCGCCUAUCCGUCAAGGAAAAGUCUAUCAAUCUCGAAGAUGACGAGGAUGACUCUCAAGAAGAUGAUUCAGAUGUGGAAUUUGUAGAGGAUGAAAAUAAGCCCAGCAGCAGUAGUUUAUUAUAUAAUAAGGAAAACCCUACAAAUCCAGAAGAUAAUACCACGAAUACAUUAAAUGAGCCUAGCAAGCCGCUCCCCUUUCAGAAUGUAAUAUUUUGUGACUCAGAUACACAAAAUAUUGAUAAAGACUCAGACGAAUCAUCAGAUUCUGAUGUAGAAUUUGUUAAUAUAUUAAAUAGACCUGAUGACUCGAACCUCGUAAAAAGAAGUCGUCGUGAAUAUAAGUGUUGCGGUAGAAAUUUCAUUAAUAAUCGUAAUCUAAAUUCUCACAUCUCUCGAGAACAUAGUUCCAAUAAGAAAAAUUUUAAAUUUAAAUGUAAAUAUUGUAAGAAAUUUUUUCAAACACGAUCGGGUAGAGUUUUUCACGAACGGACUCAUGAUAAAAAAAACAAAUUUCAAUGUCCCCUUUGUUCGAAUGCUGAAUUUCGCGAGAAUGUCUUCUUAUCUCACGUUAUGUUGCAUGAAAGUGAUACAUGUUAUCCGUGUCAGGUUUGUGCGCAAAUUUUCCAAACUGCCGAAGAACGUCUUGAACAUUGGCACACACAUGCCAAGGACAAACCGUAUCCAUGUCACAUAUGUCAUCGUCGUUUUAAGAAAACAUUUGUAUUGAGAAAUCACAAGCGUUUGCAUGGCAUUUACGAGUGUCAAUUCUGUGGCGAUAAUUUCGAAUCAUCGCAAACACUACGGCAUCCCUAUGUUUGUGGUAAAUGUGAAAAAAUACCCGAAAUUAAGAAGUCUGUGGAACAUCAAAGAACUUUGGCAGAUAAUAAGCAUGUUUUUCAAUCGGAUGAAGAGAAUCCCCUGGUAUCGGAUGAAGCUUCUGGGGAAGAUAUAGUAAAACAACAACAAAACUUAGAAGAAAACUUACAAGUUUUUGUUAUAACCAAUAUGGCAGAGGACACCAAUGAUAAAGAAAGGGAAAACAUAAAACUAACUACAGAUGAAGAUGACGAAGAUGAUGAUGAUGAUGAUGGAUGCGAGGAUAAUGGUGAUGGAAAUAUCUUAACAGAAGAGCAUAUAACCAGCUUAAGAUGUACAUAUUGUCAUAAACUUUUUGAUGAUAAAACCGCUGUCCUUAAUCAUAUAAAAACCAAUCACUUGAUGAAUAAUAUCCAAAGUUAUCCUUACACUUGUACUAUCUGUAAAAAAGGCUUUAAAAGUAAAAGCGGUUUAAAGGGUCACUCCAGUUCACAUGAGACAAACAAUCAAUUGCAAUGUCCCAUCUGUUUGUCGAAAUUUUAUAAAACCUAUUUUGUAACACAUGUUCUGAUGCACGAAAGUGAAACGUGUUUUCCUUGCCAGGUUUGUGGCGAAAUCUAUGACAGCAACGAGAAACGUCUUGAUCAUUGGCAUACUCAUGAAAAGGAUAAACCAUAUGGUUGUAAUUAUUGUUUUCGUCGUUAUGAGAAAGAGAAAAGUCUCCUUAAACAUCUUCAAUUGCACAAGCCUGUGGAGUGCAGUUCCUGUAAGACAGAAUUCUAUGCAACUGAUACACGUCCUCCCUUCUUUUGUCGGCCUUGUAUGAAGGAACAUGUCAAAGAAUUGCAGACAAGAUAUCGUCCAGCAGAAGAGGAAAAAUCUAUUAAUUCCAAAGAGGAUGAGGAUAAAUCUCAAGAAGAUGAUUCAGAUGCGGAAUUUAUAACAGAUGAAAUUCUGCCCAGCAGCAGUGGUUCUUUCUACAACAAGAAAAUCCCAGAAGACUCCGACACACAAACCAUUGAUGAAAACUCUGGCGAAUUAACAGAUUCUGAUGUAGAAUUUGUUGAUGUUUCACAUGAAUCUAACGUUUCAAAAGCCUCUGGUGCCUUUAUAUGUUGCGGUAAAAAUUUUCAUAACUAUGGAAAUCUAAAUGCUCAUAUCACACGAACGCACGAAAGCAACAGGAAUAGAAAACAUCGUAAACAUAUUUGUCACCUUUGUAAGAAAUCAUUUAAAGUUAGAUCGAGUCUAGUUUAUCAUGUACGGACUCAUGAUAUAAAUAAUCAAUUUGAAUGUCCCAUUUGUCCUUAUGCCGAAUUUCGUGAGUCUGAUUUCUUAAAUCAUGUUAUAACGCAUGAAAGUCCUACAUGUUAUCCGUGUCAGGUUUGUGCUGAAAUUUUCCACACACAAGAAGAACGUCUUGAACAUUGGCACACACAUGCCGAUGAGAAGCCGUGUGCAUGUCACGUUUGUCAUCGUCGUUUUAGGAAAACAUUUAUAUUGGUAAAUCAUAUGCGUGCACAUGGCAUUUACCAGUGUCAAUUCUGUGAGGAAAGUUACGAAUCAACGGUAAUUCAACGUCAUCCCUAUGUUUGUGGCAAGUGUGAAGAAGAACCUGAAAUUAAGAAGACCGUAGAUCAGCAAAGAACUUUGCCGAGUAAUAAGCGUGUUUUCGAUGGGAAACAGAGGAUGGUUAUAUAUAAGAAUACCAACAAUCCUCAAAGGAACUCAAAUUAUCCAUUACUUCCUAUGAUAGCAAUCAAACAAGAACCAGAAUCAACUACAAAUGAAGAAAUAACAAAUUCUGUUGAUGUUAAUGCUGAAAUGGAUGGAUUUCAAAGUAAUAACCUAAAUGUAACAAUUUCCCGAGAUGAUGAUAAUGAGAAUACCACCCAACCUCAAGAAAACUCUAUUCGGCAAUUAUUCCCUAUGCCAAUGGCAAUAAAACAAGAAUCAGAAUCAAUUAUAAAUGAAGAAAGUAAUAACACAAAUGAGACAAUUUCCCAAGAAAAUGAAGAGGAAAUAAGAAAUGACAAUAUUAAUAACGAUAUAUUAAAGAGCCAAAGCGAAAAACGCGAUAAAACUUUAAAAGAUAAACAGAAAGUAUUGCAAAAGAAUUUUAAAAUAUGCCGUCAGAAAUUAUCCUUAAAAUGUGGCAAAUGCAAAAGAAGUUUCAAUACGCGUCGAGGUCUGCUUAUACAUUUAACAACUCAUAAUAAAAAGAAACCUAAAGAUGAUGUUAGAAAUGAAAACAUUAUGAAUCUUAGACCACGCAAGUCUACUAUGCUGGCAAUUGAUGAAGUGAACAAAAGUUUAAGGGAGACACAAGAUAACCAACAGCAAUUAGCUGUAACUGACACAGUUAAACCGACUAAUAAUGAAAAUGAUAAAGAAGUUAAUGACACCAAUAUGAAAACCUGUGAUUCCGUAAAUGAAGAAGAUGAAUAUAAAGACGACAUGUCAGCUAAUCAAAGGAACAAAGGCAAAAAAUCUAGUGUUAGGAAAAUACAUAUUUUGUCCAGACACGACUUAAAAUGUUUCAUUUGCAAAAAGAAGUUCAGAAAUAAACUCAAACAAUUAGAGCAUAUGAAACGUCAUCGUCGUGGCAAAAAUGCAAGUGUUAAAUGUCGCGAAUGUAAUAAAGUUUUUGCUUCGAUCAAUGGCUUAAAGGCCCACCUGAGAUUCCAUUUAAAUUUAACAUGUCCAAUAUGUGAAAUCGAAACAACACCGCAUUUAUUUAUAAAGCAUGUUUUAACACACGAAAGUGAUGGCUGCUACCCGUGUCAGUCGUGUGGCAAAAUAUUUUCUAAUCAGGAAGCACGUAUGAAACAUUGGCAUAGUCAUGACAAGGAGAGACCAUUUGCCUGCAGUGUAUGUUAUCGGCGUUAUGGUAGGAUACAACAUUUGCGGAGGCAUAUGAAAUGUCAUGAGCAAGAGGACAAUUCAACAGCAAUAGCGCAACAACUGAAACCGAAUCAGGAAUAUUUUGCUAUAACAGCAAUCGAACAAGACCUAAAACCGCAAGCACGAAACGAAAUUGUACAAGUGUUUUAUAUAAACGACGAAGAUAACAACAUCUCUACGAAUAAGGAAAAUUCAAAUGAUGAUGAAGAUAAUGAAAUUAAUAUUGAAGACAUUAGUGCCGCAGAUAAUGUCGAUGAUAAUAAUGCUAAUGAGAAAAAUUUAAAACUUAAAUGUUCAUAUUGUCAGGCGAUGUUCAAAAAUAUGCAAAUACUUUAUGCACACAUUUCCCAACAUCACGAAACAAAUGUUCGCAUAAAAACUCCAUAUAAAUGUACUAAAUGUGAUAAAAGUUUCAAAUAUAAGGGUAUUUUAGAAAAACAUAAUUUGGCCAAACAUAAAGGACUACUUUUACAAUGUCCAGUGUGUCCGGUAAAGAGAAGUAAAUGGUGUUUUCUGGCUCAUGUACAGACACAUGAAAGCGAUACGUGUUUUCCUUGUCAGGUAUGUGCGAAAAUAUUCGCUAGUAAUGAGGAACGUAUGAAACAUUGGAAAAAACAUGCUGUUGAUAAACCAUAUCCCUGUAAGAUAUGUUUUCAACGUUUUCGUAAACCACAGUAUUUAACACGUCAUACAAAAGGUCAUCCUCGAUAUCAAUGUAGUGUAUGUUCAAAUUUAUUUUACUCAAUGCAAACUCAAAAUGUUCCUUAUAUUUGCGAGAAAUGUAAAGAUUUAUCCGAAAAUCUAGUAAUGGAGCUUGAUCCUUUAGUAACAAAUACUGCAGCUGUUAUGAAUGAUCAUAUUGAGAAUACAGAAAUCAUUACUAAUGAUAAUUCAGCCAUUUUCAUUAUCGAAGACAAGGACUCGGAUAUAGAAUUUAUUGAAGAGUCAUACGCCGAUAAUGUAGCCAGUGUUAGCAAUUCAAAUUCUGCUCAAACUACUAGCAACGAUGACAGUAAUUCACUGCAUAAAUGUCUAUAUUGCAAUAGAGAAUUUAUGACCGAAAGACGUCUCAUAAUACACACCACAAAAAUGCAUGAUAAAGGUGAACGUCUGCUCUCACGUUUCAUAUGUCGCUAUUGCAAUAGAUCGUUUCAAACUAGAUCAGGUUUGGCCCUUCAUCAUAAAACUCACGAUAAAAGUAAUCAAUUUCGUUGCCCUGUCUGUCCUUUAACCGAAUUCAGAGAAAGUUCUUUUAUAACACAUGUCCUUAUGCACGAAAGUGAGUCAUGUUUUCCCUGUCAGGUCUGUGCCAAAUUAUUCACCAGUAAUUCGGAACGUUUACAACAUUGGCGCAUACACAUUGAGGAGAGACCACAUGGUUGUAAUUACUGCUAUAGACGUUUCUAUCAGAAAAAUGUACUCAAAAAUCAUAUGAAAUCUCAUCGUCUAUAUUAUUGUCAUUUUUGUCAUAAGAAUUUUCAAUCAGAUCGUAUCAUUAAGACGCCGUAUGUUUGUGGUGAAUGUGAGAAGUCGCCAUAUGUUAAGAAUCAAUUAAAACGACGUAAAUCGAAGGCGAAGAGAAGGGCAAUUGAUUCGGAAGAGGAAUAAUAAUAAUAAUAGUUGAUCUAUAAAUAUUUACUCUUAUAAUUGAUCAGGCGUGGAUCCAUGAGGGAAAUCCCCCAAUGAGGAAAUAGGUGAAGAAAACAAAAGUUAACCGUACCCCCCAUUCAAUCGAGCUGGAUCCGUUGCGGUACUCGAUAAAUGUUUGUUAAAGUUAUUAAUGGUUUACAACAGGCUUUUUUUGGUGCAAAACUGUUUAAUAAACUAUUAAUAACUUUUUUAAAUACAAAAGUAUUAAAAGUUUUGAACUUGCUGAAAAAGUUUUUAAUAACAAAAUCUACACUUUAAAGCUAUAAAAACCGGUUCCAAGUUGUAGAAGAUAUAACAUUGGA